AUGGAGACUUGGCGGACAACCAUUGUGGAACGGGGUUACAAUGGGACGCCACCGAGGUGUGCGGAAGCUUUUGCCGAUGGCCUUCGGUCCCUUGUUGUGCAACCGGUGUGGCUCCACGCCUUGGAUGAAACGGCUCGGAUUGAAGGAGGUGGACCGAGUCCUGUGCGCCGCCAAAGGGAAUCCUCGUCUAUAAGAGAGACGACAAUCCCCUUCGAGGGCCCAAUUAGACAGAAACCUAUCAAUCCCCCUUCUCCCUUCCCCUUGCACCUGCUUUGUUCAAAACUACAUCUGCAGGACCCUUCUGGAUACACCUUUCUCAACAUGUCAAGCACCAAUUUUCGCCUGGAAUCGUUUCGUCCAUGGAAUCCUUUCCAAGACAAAGCUCAGCCAUUGCGCGAUCCUCCCGGUCCUUCUCGCUACCCUAGUCCGAUCUCAAUCUCUACCACCCCGCCAAGCUCCAAUCAUAGCGACCAUGGCCCAAAGAGCCAAGAGAUUCAUUCCCACAAACCUGAGCGACACCCCCUUCCUGCCCGCCCGCCGACGGAGGUCUGCUUAGAUGGGUUGCAUUCGGAGACUCAAACCACUCGACGAGAGUCGGAGGGCCUGGGUCAGACACUUUCCGCUGUUAGUGACCCAGAGCCUCUCAACUUCGAGAAUAUUUCUCAACCACAAAACAUAGUUGGUGCCGAUGAAGUCGUUUCUACAAAUUUUGCCGAUGGAUUGCACUGGGAAACAGAGCAUCAUUUCCUCGACUUCGGAUUGGAUGACUCGCAUCCUGUCGAUUUUGCGGGCCAGCGUUCUCAAAUUGUUGAUCUUGGAAUCCCUACUCAAAAUGGAGAGCUUCCAAAUUUUGAAACUAUCGAUCCUGCAAUCCUGAAUGACCAUGCAUCUGCGGUUGCCGAACAGGCUCAGAGAACUUUGAGUAUCGCCGGCAUCGCAACGCAUCCGGAAGAAUUUCCCGCGGAGUCCAUUCGCUCUCAGAACAAAGUCUCGUCCCUCCAACACAGACGGAAUUCAAAGGGGAUGGUGGAUACUGGGUGCCAAACCUCAAAAAUAAAAAAAGGGUCGGGUUCGAGACAAAGGCAUACAAGAAAUGGUUCUGCUCGACCUAAGAAAGGUUCCGGUCAUCGUCAGAGCAUAUCUUUCCCUACAGUUCGUGCCCAGUUUUCGGCCCUUUCAGUCGAAGACCGACUACAGUUCCUGUCCUGGCUUUUCGAGGGUGCGUUAACUCGUUGCUCUUCCGCGCCCUCCAGCGCUGCUGGUGCUUCUCCAUCAAGCCAAUGUGACGAAAUAACCGACGACUGUGAUCACACGAGCUUGAACACUCAGGUGGUUGACGCGGAGCAUACCUCUUUGAGGAAGGGACUACCGUGGUCUGUGGAGGAAGAUCACCUUUUGAUAAAGCUAAGAGACAAGCAAAACCUCGCUUGGCCGGAGGUGGUCAAGCAAUUUUCACGAGAAUUCCCCGGGCGGACCGAGGGGUCAAUGAAAGUUCACUGGAGCACAGCGCUGAAGAAAAGGCGAUCUUACCCCAUUGUUCUUAUUCCUUGA